AUGCCGCGCUCAGAGGCGUCCGCAUCCGCAUUCAUCUCGACAGCUCGGACGAAGCGCAAGCGUGUCUCGCGAGCAUGCGAUCAGUGCUUCCUCAAGAAGGAUCGGUGUGACGGUCUUACACCCAUCUGCACCUUCUGCUCACAGCUGCAGCGGACGUGCACAUACGACCGACCAGAGCGCAAGAGGGGCCCGACGCAGGGGCUCAGACCGCGACUAGAGCAGAGGAUAGCCGCGUUGGAGACUGUAUUGGGUUUCGUGCUCGAGCAGACGGGUGAGGAGGGGUUGAGGGUGGACCUGCUGCAAGGGGCGCGUGAAGAAGAGAAGAGGAGGUGGAGACAGGAUGGAUGGUGGGAAAGCGACAUGCGAAAGGAACUCGAGCGGGAGUUCGGGCUUGAAGAAGAUCUUGCCACCAGCGGAUCGGCAGUCAAGGGCGAGGAGGCUUCACCAACGGCAGCCCUUGAGAGGGAACACGACGACGCAGGAUCCGAAUCAGACUACUCAGAGGUCGACCUCUCUCUUCCUCCGACACAUAAGCCGUCAACAGACAACAAAGGCCAAUCUUCACCACGUCACAGCAAAAACGCGGUAGAGCAUCACAUCGACGACGAUGCUGCGAAUCUCGUACCCAUGCCGCUGCUGUCCUCGGGCGCAGGUGGCAGCUCUCUGAAUCGUGGUCUCGUUCCGCGUGGCACUGAUCCAAACACUGCUCUGGGCGGGUUCAACAUCGAAUUUGGUGGCAACCAGACGGAUAUUGAUUGGGUGGAAAGCUUUACCGCCCCAGCUCAAUCGCGAAAUAGAAGGCAGGCAAGUCAAGGGAAGGGACAGCGACGGCAAGAAUGA